UCAACACACACAGACAGAGGGACCGGUUGCCUCGGUGCUACAGGCAGUUGUGCGGUCCUUUGGUCAAGUGGCGACGACGGCAGGCGAAGUGGUGAUCAAGCAGCCAGACCCGUAAAUCUUAAUUCACACUGGGCCUGUGCGCAGAGAGAAAUCGAGACAGAUGAGAGCGAGAGAGAGAGAGAGAGAGAGAAAGGGAGAGGCAGAGAGAGCAGGCAAAGGUCGCGACACGUGGAUAGAGAUUUCAGCACUAUGGCCCAUCUAAUCGCCUGUGAAGCUGGUGCCAGACCGUGCCACUCGAGCCCCAAGACGAGUGAUCCGGCCUGCAAUGGGACCUCGGGAAGGUCGACGUUUGCAAGCCCACUACGAUUGGCGCAUUCCGUGGCCUUCAAAGUGACUCGACCAAUCACAACUCACUGCCAAGCCAGUUCGUCUUACUGCCUAUCCGUCCCCUUCGCCGCCGCUCCUCCGACCUGCCUCACGCCUGGCCGCCAUUAUGCGCCUGCCCUUCGUCCUAACUAUCUUGUUGACAGUGCUAAGCCGCCAACACUAAGUCGGCUGCCCGUCUGCCUGUCUGUCUACCUGUAUGCCUGCCUGCCUGCCCGUCUGCCCGACUGCCAAACAAAUAACUCUCUCACAAGGAAUAUUGGGAAGACCGGAAAACCUAUCAUAUUAGUGGUCAACAUGGCAUAA